AUGGCCUCCUUUCCAUUGUUCCUGCCUGGUGGGACAGUGUCAGUGGCUCGUGGCCCUUCAGGGAAGCCUCAGUCCUCACUUUUGAGGGCCGUGGUCCUCUCGUACCCGAGCCAGACAGCCUGGCUGGCACAUUGUCGAUAUCUUUGUUUCCGGGAGAAGCCUGAGCUCCAGACUGUGCCGGACCUGUGGCUGGAUGCUCCGGAGUGCUCUCCUGGAGGGCACCAGGUCCUGCAGAACCCACGGCGGAGUGUGGAUUGGAAGGCCUCGGAAGUCCCGGAGCUGCUCUGUGACCGUUCCCUCCGCCCGGGCUGGUACCGCUUCCAGAUCUCAGGCAGACCCGCAGAGAUGCCAACCACAUGCGUAGAGGCGCACCGCUGUGGCACGCAGGUCCCGCUCUGGUUGUCCCUGAGAGAAGGCGAAGCCCUGCCGUUGCCCGGGGAGGCCUUGCCGCUGACAGCCUGCGCCUCCUGGGAGUUCUUGGGAGCUGCCAAGCACUGCUGCCUGCUGCGGAUCCCUGUGACUGUGAGGAACUGCGAAUCCUUCCUGGUCUACUUUCUGCAGCCCACCCUGGGCUGUAUGGGCUACUGUGCAGAAGGUGAGAGCCUGGAGACCCUCGGCUCCCGGGCAGCCGUUCGCCCGGGCUUUCAUUCAGAAAUACUGCCCAAUGCAGGGGCGACGCGACCAGGGGGUCACCGAGGUCCCAGGGAUGCUGUUCCUGGCCCGGUGUCCCUGCUGGGCAGCCCUGGUGAAGCAGACACUGAUGGGGCCCGCCAAGGACCUCUUGCUGCCCCAGCACCACCAGCCCCUCCAGGAGCCCUGGAGAUUAAGAUCAAGUGGAUAGAAACCAAGAUCUUCCUCCAGUGUGCUUUGGAUACAUCCCUCCCCAACAGCUCCCUGGGAUUUGUCUUUACUUGGUCCAGACUUUCAUCAGAAGGACUCAAAGAGGAGCUGAAACAGGAGACCACAGUUGAGGAGUCCUCCCUGUUAGAACUUGAUGGUAUAAACCUGAGACUUGGAGACAGGAUCUUCUGUAGAGCAUCUGCCUUUUUCCUGGAGGAUCCAGGCGUGCAAAGCUUGGCCACUGAGAGUGAGGAAUUCUUUGCCGGCAUUAAGCUGUAUCCCGAGGUCAGCAACAUUGCGGAAGACGGACGAGAGCACCAGCUAAGGGUCCAGAGCACGGUUCCAGUCGUCUGUCCCGAGCCCGGCCAGCUUGGCCAAGAAUGCAAAGUCUCAUUGACGUUGAGCACCCUGGACCAAGGUAGUGAACAGCAAGGUUUCAAUCUGGCGCUUUCUCAUUGUCAAGUGGACCUUCCUGAGACAUCGUCCUGUGAGAAUGGAACUUGUAGCCAGGCGGUGCUUCAUUUCACGGCCAUAACAGACUUUUCACGGGACGGAGACAGAGUUACUGAGAUUGUGGUGGAGCCCAUUAUCAGUGAGAAUUUCCUGUGGAGCAGCUACAUUCCUGAAAGCAUUCAGAUCGCAGUGCAGGACGUGCCCACGGCUAGCUGCUAUUCAUUUACUGAUCCUCAUGUAAUUACUCUGGAUGGGAGGCAUUACGAGCAUUUCCAGACCGGAACUUUUGUGCUCUAUAAGAGUGUGUCUCGAGACUUUGAAGUCCACGUUCGCCAGUGGGACUGCGGAAGCCUUCACUACCGCGUGUCCUGUAACUGUGGGUUCGUUGCCAAAGAAGGAGCCGAUGUCGUGGCGUUGGACAUGUGCAGGGGCCAGGACUAUGAAUCCCAGCCCUACGUAUUUGUGAAGAGCAGAGACCCCGCCAGCACCAUGAAGAUCAAGGAGUCUUACUUAGGACGGAAAGUCACGAUCUUCUUUGCUUCUGGAGCUUUUGUUCGUGCCGACCUGAGCGAAUGGGGCAUGAGUUUGACAAUCCAGGCUCCCAGCGCAGAUUACAGAAACACCCGGGGACUUUGUGGCACCUUUGAUGAAGACCCAGAGAAUGACUUCCAUGAUCAACAUGGUGCCGUGAUCAAGGAGGAUUCCAAUCCAUACCUUGUUUUCAGUAAUGAGUGGAGGAUACCACUAGGAAAGAGCAUGUUUGAUAAACUUCCAGUUUCUCUAAAAUCUCCUCGAAAGACCUCCUACUGCAGCUGUGCAGGAAACAAGGCUGGAUUCCAAUCUGCUGAUGCUCUGGGCCAUCACCCCGAAUCAGAAGUCCCUUGGGGGUGCAGCGACAGCGAGCACGUCAGACGUCCUUCCUUGAUACCAGAACUAGAUGUCACCAUGGAGUAUGUGAGUGCUGAUGGCCUGAGAGACGAUCUCAAGAAGCGCUCAGUGCGAGGAGAAGACGAGGAACAUCCUGCGGCCUUUUUUCCAAGCCAAGAACACAAUGUUAGUCUAACGAAAGUUGCUUCAGAAGGACCGAUUCGUUAUGAGGGUAACCAGGGAAGAACAGCUCCUUUGGGAACCAGGAGACAGACUCAACAUUGGGACCGCCAUCACCAAGAAAGACUCCGCGCUCCCGAGAGGCAGAAGAGACAAAGCCCACACGGACGCCCUCCCGCCUUUUCUUUCCAAACACUCAGCCCCUCUGACCUAGAGGGAUUGAGCUAUUUUUUUCCCGAGGACCACGCCAUCGCCACUGCCGCCGCCUCCACCCGCCGUGUGUCUGAGCCCUCGUGGCCCACACCUUCUGGACUGACGGAAGCCCACGUCCUGGAGGUCUGCCAGCAGAGCCUGGCCAACUCCAGCGUUGGAAGGUUCUGCGCAGACUUUCUUGGGGAGAGAAUAGACAGUGCUGUGGAGAUGUGCGCCAAGGACGUGCUUCUGAAAGACGACCUGAGCUGGGCACAAGCAGCUUUGGCCCUCUUGGAAAAUGAAUGCGAAAAGAGAAUUCUGGAAGAAGGAAAGUACAAGCCCCACAACAAUGAACAACUCCUAGAAGACAUUCUUCUCGUGCUCCGAUGUCCCAAUUUGUGUAGCGGACGCGGGCAGUGCAUGGAAUGGGGCUGUGCGUGUCUCCGGGGCUUUGGAUCCUACGACUGCGGCGUGCCGUCUGAUGAGGCUCCGGAGAUUAUGGCGCUCGAGAACGCCGGGCUGUGCGACCUCCACCAGGGCAGCUGCACGACAGUCAGAGCUCUCGGCUCUGGAUUCAGAGAGUCGGCGGCGAUUCGCUGUGAACUGGUCCCACUGCAGAUUUUCUACGUCUAUGGCCCGGCCUUCUUUCCCAGCGGAACGAGUUCGGGCUUCCUGGGAGCUCCUGUCUACGCAGACGCCACCUUUCGGAGCGGCUCCGCUGUGGACUGCCAGCUGCCCGCCGCUGUCCAGCAGUUACCCAGGACAGACCCCCAGGGGGAUGGGCCGGCGGCCAAGUGGCGAGUCAAGGUCUCUAACGAUGGCCGCCACUUCAGUAACCCCCAGAUCCUGACCAUCUAUGAUGGUGCCUGUCACACGUGUGACCCCCACGCCGAGGGCCUGUGUGUGUUAAAGGAAAAGCAUUGCUUUAUCGAUGGCUUCUGCUAUGGGGAAGGAGAGUCUGACCCGGCAAGCUCUUGUUGGCUCUGCAGGCCUGGCCUCUCCAAGUGGACGUGGUCCGUCCUCGAAGACAACCAACCCCCCGUGUUCCAGGAGCAGCCAGAAAGACUGCAGACAUUUUACGGGGAAGACUUCGAGUACCCGUUGGUGGCCUCAGACCCCGAGGGCUCUGCCGUGCUUCUCACCCUGACCUCCGGCCCCGAGGGAGCGAGCGUCUCCUCUGAGGGUGUCCUCGGCUGGAAAGUGCUGUCCCAGGAUGCACAGCGCUUCACCAUCCGUGCCACGGAUGCCUGCGAGGCUGGGGCUAGUCUGACCAUUGAGCUGUCUGUGAAGCCCUGCGAGUGCCUGAAUGGCGGGUCCUGUGUGUCCAGGGAGGGCGUCCCUCAGGGAGAUGGGCUGUCCCACUGUGCCUGCCUGCCCGGGUUUGAAGGCGCCCAAUGUGACGUGGACAUCGACGAGUGCCACCCUCACCCCUGUGGUACCAGUUGCCAGGAGGACGUGGAUGAAUGCCGAUCAAGCCCUUGCUUCCCCGGAGGACUCUGCAUCAAUACUUUGGGCUCCUAUCACUGUGGUCCAUGUCCCAGGGAGCUUCAUGGUGCUGGAGGAGGCUGCCAGGGUGAAGCCGUGCUCCCCAGUGAGCAGCCUUUCCAGUCUGUGGUCCUCGAGGCAGAGGAAGAAGCCAGAGAAGGGGAAGAUUCCCUGCAGAAAGAAGUGGAUGAGAAGCGCCCUGAGGACAGCGGCACUGCCCGCUGCAGCCCUCCGUGCCGGCAUGGCGGGACCUGUGUGGCUGGGAACCUCUGCACGUGCCCCUACAGCUUCGUGGGCCCCCGCUGCGAGACGAUGGUCUGCAGCAGGCACUGUGAACAUGGCGGCACAUGUGUCGCCCCGGAUGUCUGCCAGUGUCUGCGUGGCUGGUUCGGCCCUACCUGUGCCACAGCUUCGUGUGAGCCGGUUUGCCUCAACGGCGGUUUCUGUCAUAAGCCAAACGCGUGCCUCUGCCCGGCCGGAUUCUUUGGGGCAACGUGCCAGAACGCCAUCUGCCACCCUCGCUGUAGAAAUGGCGGCCGCUGCAUGAGAGAUAACGUCUGCGCCUGCCCCACAGGCUACGCUGGAUGGAGAUGCCAAAAAAGCGUCUGUGAGCCCGCCUGCGUGAACGGGGGCCGGUGCGUUCGGCCCAACGUGUGCUCCUGUCCAUCGGGGUGGCGAGGGAGGACGUGCGGCUCACCCAUCUGCCUGCCGACGUGCCGGAAUGGGGGAGAGUGUUUGGGUCCCGGCGUGUGCCGCUGCCCCACUUCCUGGGGAGGAGUCGACUGUCAGGCAGCCCUUUGUGACCCAAAGUGUCUGCACGGAGGCAGCUGUGUCCUCCCAAACACGUGUGUCUGCCGGCCUGGCUACGCUGGAGUCCGCUGUGAGAAGGGAGGCCCAGUUGAAGAAAUCGAGGCCUACAAAAAUCAAGAGACUUAG